UUUGCACUGUUGAGUGCAAAGCCAAAAACAACUUCAAAACAGACAGGAAAUCAGGUUAAGCAUACCUGGUGGCACAGCAGAUGUAUUUUGACAGCUUCAGCAGCUCUAAUAUUUCCCCCCAGGCCACCACACCCUCAGUUGCUGUUGUUUUCAUUCCCAACCCUUUGCCUACCUCCUCCCAUUCCACCCCUUCCACUUUUACUCAACUGAUCUUUAGUUCUUCAUGAGACCUAAGACGGCUUAUCUGCUUCGAGGACGUAGCUGUGCUGGGGAUUGAAGACAGUUUUCAGGGUUCUCCAGACACCUGAAGGGAGCGGGAUGCGGCCACCAAUGCUUAUCCUUCAUCUGCUUCUGUUGGUCAGCUUGUCCCUCUGUGCCCAUGGUGAACAAAUGUCUUGCAGACCUCAGAACUGCACGCUUGAAUGCAUCCGUCGGGGAGAUCCCAGAUGUGAAUACUGCAGAAUCUCAGCAGACGAUGUACAGAUAUCUCCUAGCAUUCCCUCCUCCAGCCCUUUUGGAAGUUGUGUGCCUUGGCCUUGUCACUCUUUUCUAGGUGAGGAAACCCCAGAGGUCUGCAAGCAUUAUGUACAUGCACCACGCAAUAUUCAGAUUGAGUUUAAAGCCAAUGAAGAACCAACAUAUGACGCUAUUACUGUGUCAUGGAACCCAAGCCUAUACGGUAUUGCAUUCUUACGUGGAUUUCAAGUGACCCUUCAGGCUCUUGGUGGAUCUCAGGUCUUAUGUCAGCUCUUUCUUCUGGGUACCAAUCUAUCGCUCACCCCUGCACAUGCCCAGAGGGUGUAUCACUCAGAUCCCUUCACACAUCUGUCUUUGGAUAGCGAGUACGUUGUGACUGUCAUGGCACUGCCCGUCCCUGAGAAGUGGGACCAGUUCUAUCAGAGGAAACUGUUUUUCACACGCACAUGCCCUGAAAAAAAUGGUCUUGAAGCGUGUAAGAAAGACUGGUAUCCCAGAUACGUUGAAGUCCACCAGGAGAACCAGGAGGUUUAUGUGACAUUUAACCUUGCACCUGAGAACUUCAAAGUCAUUCAGUAUUUUUCAUCAUGUUUUGGAGGUGGCCUACGAAAUUACACAAGCAUUAAACCAGAUUUAAGUGUCAAUAAGACACAUCACACGUACCGAUUGCAGAAUCUCCGAGCAGGUACAAACUACACCUGUGAGAUUGCUGCUGAUGUUGUGGAUGCAGUCAGGAAAACAUUCAUUGUUGUAAUAAAACAUAGUUCUGAAGAACCGCUGACUUCACACUUCACAGAGAGCUCUUCGCUAAUGGUGCUCUUGUCUGUGGGAAUCCUGCUUGCUGCUACCGCAGUGCUCGCCUUCAUCGUUGUCUACAAGAACCGACUCAAAAAGAAAACAGUUCAGACCAAAAUGAGACCAGAGAUCAUUGAACACUACUAUGACAAAAAACUGGAUGAAGGACAGUGUGUUUUGCUGGACAGAACCACCCGUCCCCCUCGCCUCCUGAUUUGCUACUCAAGUAAUGAUGGUCCUGCCCACGUCAAAGUCGUGCUGCAACUAGCUGUGUUUUUGCAAAAGCACAUGGCUACCCAAGUGCAUUUGGACUUGUGGGAGGCCUUGAGUAUUAUGGAGGAGGGCAGUAUGGGAUGGCAUUGCAGGAGACUGAAUAAGUGUGACUUUGUGUUGGUCAUCUGCUCACAAGGUAUACUUCAGAACCAGUCUGAGGAUGAGGAACCAUUAGAGAACACUGCUUUGGCUAUCGUCUCCAUGAUCGGAGAGGAGCUGUGCCAAGCCAAAGCAUUGGGUCGAGACCUCUCCAAAUACAUGGUGGCCACUUUUGAGUACUUGCAAGAGUCUGAUAUCCCAGUAGCACUAAGUCUAGCUUCAAGGUACACCUUGACUAAAGACCUACCCUUGCUCUUCUCCCAUCUUCACGGAGUGGCUUUGCAGAAGCCCGGAGUUUACCUACAGGUGGAGAACAUUUCAGAAAGUGGGUAUUGUAAACUCCCAGCUGGGGCAGCACUACAGCUAGCCAUCCAGGAGGCCACGGCACAGUUCUCAGAGGAGCCUACUGAAGAGGAACAUGUAGGAAUUCCAAUCAUUUCAUAAGGACUUCAAAAACUGUAUCAAUUUCUGACAAAACAAAAGGAAGUGUGCUAUUUGGAAACAGUCCUUUAGGUAGGUUAAUUUUUACUGACGGAUUCCACCAGGACUUCCAUAGCUGCUAUUACUUAUCUAACUUUCCUGAUUUACAUCUUUAAAUUUUCCUGAUUUUUGAAUGCCAGACUAUAAAAAGCACCAUCUAAUUUGAACUCAAUUGCAUCUUGAGCCACUUUAAAUUGUUGUGAAAAAGAUAUAAGAGGGAUCCUGAAGUAUAUUGAGGUUACUGAAUGCUGAGAAUGAUUUUUUCAUAUAAAUGUGUAUUUGACUUGCCUUUUUUAAAUUUUUGUCUUGUUGCUUAAGUUCAUGCAUGUUAAACAUCAUGUUACAGUGAAUAUUCCUAGUAAUUGCAUGCACUUCCACUGCAAAUGGAAAAAGAGGACACUUUCGAUUUAUUGCUGUGAAUGACUUUAAAAUGUUAAGUUUGCUGAUCUAAAAUUAUAUUUUAAAUUACCUUUAUUAUGUAUUGUAUAGUGCCAGUUUCUCACAAUUGUAUUGCUUUGCAACAAUCUGUCUUUGUAUAACAUGAAGGUAUAUUAACUACAUUUUAUUGUAACAAAAUAUAUUGUGACAUCAGUGCAUGGUCUUACAUAACAAUUGAAGGCUUUUUAUAUUUGUGUAAUACGAAACCUUUUUAUUGUUAUAAUGCAAGGAAAUUCAGACACAAUUAAAAACACAC